CGUGUCAUUUAUCUCUUAAAUGUUUUUUCAAAGGUUUUAUUCUUCUUCUUUUAACUUGUGUCUUUUUCUUGGAAGAUCGAUCAAUCAAGAACAAGAAUCUUGAGUUUAUCAAGUAAAAAUGGAGAUAACAACAACAUCCCAGUUGUGCUCACAGGUUAAGUUCUCGAUCUCAUCAUCACUCUUCUGUUUAAAUGGUAACAGUAAGAGGACCCAAAACGGAGCUGUUUCAGUCAAUUGCUUGAAAGAGAUCAAACCGUUCAGUAACAUUAGCUUCACUGCCAAGAAGAAACACAGAAACCAAGCGUCGGUGGUGAGGACAACAACACGCGCCUCCGUGGUGGAUGAGAAUCAACCCUCAGCUUCUUCCAGCAAAGGAGAACGGUGGCUUCUCCAACCAGUUGGCGAUGGAGACACAAGACACAUUGGUUACAAAGUGGAAAUGCCUGCUCCUUUCGAGAUCUCUUCCGGUCAAGUAACCAUCGGACGGCUACCUGAAAAGGCUGACGUUGUGAUUCCUGUGGCCACCGUUUCGGGAGUACAUGCGACAAUUGAUACACAAGGAGACAACCUUCUUGUAACGGAUAUGAACAGCACAAAUGGUACGUUCAUCGAAGACAAACGUCUAAUCCCUGGAGUUGCUGCUCCUGCCUUUCCCGGAACCCGAAUCACUUUUGGAGAUACAAAUCUAGCAAUUUUCCGUGUAUUCAAGCUCCAAGAUAAGCAAGAAGAAGAACCCACUGAGAAACCAGCCACAGAGUAACCAACCAAACCCCAAACCUGUUCAGUUGUACAACCAUUGUUGAGCUAUUAUACACUCUAUAUAAACAAUAUUUUUAUAUAUGUAAGAUUAUAACAUUUAUAUUUUGUUGUUUUAGUGCGUUA